CUUUCUCAGACGUCAUGGGUACACUAAGGCUGAUAUAAGACUUGUGAGCGGAGGGACUGCUCCUCAGGUGGGAAACACUGAACAUGACUGAUGGUCGCUUGUGGAGUAUAGACAGUUUAAAACAUCUGUAGACGGACCUAUCAGUCUUGCAGCCAUGACUUGCAUCCACCCCCAACAUGGAUCUCAGCCCUGUGAGAUCGACCUUAGCAGCUCAGAGCUUGAAAACACAGACUUUAUCUCCAGGCUGGCUGUCGAUAUGAGCAGCCCACGGGACCACCUCUCAGCUCCAUCCCUGCCAAGCAUCAACUCCCUGGUGGGCACUCAGGCGGGCAACUUUGACUCAUAUUCGUGUCAGUUCACCGCAGCCCCUGCCCACGUCACUCCAUCGUCGAGCCAGGAGACCGCCUUCAAGCUGGAUGACCUCCAGGUUUACGGCUGCUAUCCUGGAGCGUUUGCACUGAGUUAUCCUGAUGAGGCCACUUCCCCUACUGGGUCAGAUUAUUUUGGCAGCCCGGCAUCGGCCUCAUCUCCUUCAACCCCCGGGUUCCAGAGUCAGUCUGCAUCCAACUGGGAUUCAGCCUUCGGACCAUACUCACCCAGUCCAGGAUACUGGGCGACAGAGGAGACCUCAGUGCCACAUGUGCCCUCUUUCUUCACUUUUGGCUCAGGGUCUGUGGAGGACAUGUCUCCUUUGGGUCAGCCACACUUACGAGAACAGGAUCUUUUCACUAUGACCCACAAUCACCCAUCGGCACUGAACUUCCCUGCUAUGGUGAUGAAGCAAGCAAGUAGCCCUGAUGGCACUGACCAGCUGGAUGGGAGUUUAUCGCCCAAGUUAAAAAGUCCCAGUGGAAAUGAGGGAUGCUGUGCUGUGUGUGGGGACAACGCCUCCUGUCAGCACUAUGGGGUUCGCACCUGUGAGGGAUGCAAAGGGUUUUUCAAGCGCACAGUACAAAAAAAUUCCAAGUAUGUUUGCCUUGCCAACAAGGACUGUCCCGUGGACAAGAGGAGGCGGAAUCGAUGCCAGUUCUGCCGUUUCCAGAAGUGUCUGGCUGUAGGCAUGGUUAGGGAAGUUGUGAGAACAGAUAGCUUGAAAGGACGAAGAGGUCGCCUGCCGUCCAAGCCUAAAGUCGUCCAGGACUUGACAUCCACUGUGUCUCCAGUGAGUAUGAUCGCUUCACUUGUGAGGGCCCACAUUGACUCAAAUCCAGGCAUCGAGAAGCUGGAUUACUCCAAGUACAACGAAACAGAAGUCAGUGGAAACCAGAAAGAGGAUGCGAAUGACAUCCAACGGUUUUACAACUUACUCACAGCCUCCAUGGAGGUCAUCAGGAAGUGGGCGAAGAACAUCCCAGGUUUCUCUGAGUUCUGCUCAGAAGACCAGGAACUGCUGUUGGAAUCUGCGUUUGUUGAACUCUUCAUCUUGCGUCUUGCAUAUCGGUCCAAUCCUGAAACAGACAUGCUCAUCUUCUGCAAUGGGACUGUGCUUCACAAAACGCAGUGUGUCCGAGGCUUUGGGGACUGGAUCGACUCCAUCUUGGAGUUUUCUCAAGCCCUCCGUCGCAUGAAGCUCGACGUCUCCUCCUUCUCCUGUCUCACAGCCCUGGUCAUAAUCACUGACCGACAUGGUCUCAAAGAGCAAGGACGUGUGGAGGACUUGCAGAACCAGCUCAUCACCUGCCUUAAAGACCACGUUUCUGGCUGUGGCUCCGACUCUUUGCAGCCCAAUUAUCUAUCCAGACUUCUCGGGAAACUGCCUGAGCUCAGAACUUUGUGCACUCAAGGUCUCCAGCGCAUCCUUUACCUUAAAAUAGAAGAUGUUGUUCCGCCUCCGCCGAUUGUGGAAAAAAUCUUCAUGGAUACGCUUCCGUUUUGAGUGUGAGAUGGGAGAUUGACCAUCUGUGAGAUCUGGAGUUCAUACAAAAAGACUGAGCACUUGUACUUCAGGUAGUGUUAAGGGAAACUGAAGAAUUAUAAGAAGAAUUAUAAUCCUAAGGGAUUGUGCUGUUCCAGAGCAGAAGGGCUAUUUCUGAAUUAUAAAAAAAAAUUAUCAAACUUGCAGAUGCAAAAUGUAUGUGGAGCCAUCGCAAAACGUUCUUCCUGGUUUUUGUUUCCGAGGUAUUGUGUACUGGAAUUAGACAGGUCAGCUCAUGGACCAAAAUGUGACUGUUUACAUACAACAAGGUGCCAUGAAUGGAAGCAUUUCUAGUGGAGGAAAGAUGAUUGCAGUUACAAAUUGAUUAGAAAAACGUCUACGAGGUGCACAAAUUUUUGUUUUUUUUUGUAACAAUCUUUUGUUAUGAUUUGGAUGACCGCAAAUUGCACAUAAAAUAUCUGACAAUGCAUCAUAUUUCUGUUUCAAAGAGAUACUUUCGACACCCUACCCCCCAAAUUAACGUGUGGAGAGUCCACACACAUCAACAUCAAAUGCAUGAGUCACUCAGAUCUCCAGUUUGGUUGAUAUUUAAUGUCACCAUAUGUAUUUUCAUGAUUAAGGUUAAACUUACAGAAAUAUUCAGUAGCAUCAUUCAUGUAUCAUGAAUAGACAUCGAGCAGCUAAUACUGUGUAUCAUCCAGUACAGUCGUGUCCACUGAUCUUGUAUGUAAAUUAUUUUUCAUCUGUUUUAAACCUGCUGGUGUUCUUGCCACGUGAACUGUAUUCUGCAGUCUGGGGAAAAUAUGAUUUUGUUUUUGGCCUGUUAUUUUUACAUACCAAGAACUUAUAUUUUACUGCAGCUAUGUUUAAAUAAAGUAUAAAUAUGCAUAUUCUAACUGCCUUACUCUGAACAUUUAGAGAAGUAAACUGAGUUACAGUUCCUGAGUUGUACUUCCUGUUGAACUUGAGUUACUAUUUUAAAUUGUCCUACUUGUAUUUGGACAGCAGACUUUUGUUGUAGUAAAAACAUAAACACAUUAA